GAAGCUGAGAAGAGAGAAGCAGGACAGGAUCCAUCAUGUCUGACAAACCAGAUUUUGCAGAAAUUGAAACAUUUGAUAAGACCAAACUGAAAAAAACUGAAACAAGAGAAAAAAAUCCACUGCCUACUAAGGAAACCAUUGAACAGGAAAAGCAAAGCAAAAACACACCCUGAAGGUGGAUCAGAAGAUAUGGCUGACAUCUCCUCCUGUGGGGUUUUAAGUUCUAA